AUGACGAGAGGAUAUUCGUUAGAACAAGAUUUGAGAUUAUUAAUAAAUAAUCCAAAGUAUAGUGAUAUAGAAAUUUUAUGUGAGGAUAAAAAGAAAUUAUAUGGCUGUAGAGCAAUUUUGGCAGCGAGGUCCGAAGUAUUUGAUAAAUUACUUUAUAAUGGAAUGAAAGAAAGUUAUGAAAAACAAAUUACUUUUCCGACAAUUAAUUCUAUUGGAAUGGAAAUUAUAUUGGAAUAUAUUUAUAGAGGAUCAAUUAAAGAAGAAUCUUUAACUAAAGAUAAUAUAAUUGAAGUGUAUUAUGCAGCAGAUUAUAUUCAAUUACUAGACCUUCAGAAUUUUAUUAUAAAAACUAUUAAAAAUACUAGUUUCGCAGAAAAUUAUUUACCGGAAUUAUUAUCUAAAGCUGCAGAUACAACGCCAUUAUCGGAGACAAAUAUUCUUUUAAAUUUAUUGAUUAAAGAAGUAGCGACUAUUUCAUUAAAUACUAUUGAAUUUGGUCGAUUAUCCAUUACAGCACUUGAAUAUCUUUUAUCUUAUACUUAUACGCAUGAAAAAGAAAGUUUCUUUGCAACUCCAGAAUAUGAAGUUUUUCGAUAUAGCGCUAUGCUGGCAGCAAAACAAGUUUCUAAUAAUGCAUUCAAAAUACUUAUGAAAACGCUACCACCUUUAAAACAAAUAAAACGAUUAGAGAAUGAAGGCCAAAUAAAUAUUCCCGAUCAUCAAAAAAUUGCUAAAGAAUUAGAACCUUUGGCUAAAUUCAUUGAUUUUAGGCGUAUCAAAG